UUGUAUAUUUGUUCAAUCAGGUCGUUUUCAUGCAUUUGAGAAGGCUCAUAAAAUGGAUCUAAUGUCACUUGGACGUGGUGUUCGUCAAUUCAAAACAUAUCUGCUGCAUAGACUGGAAAGGGAAGAAAUGGAAACAAAACCUCAGCUUGCAAAAAAUGAUCCCAGGGAAAUACAAAAGUUCUAUCAGAUGUUCUAUGAACAAAACAUCAGGGACAGCGAUGAUAGGAAAAAACCGGAGGAGAUGGCCAAGAUCUAUCAGAUCGCUUCGGUGUUAUAUGAUGUUGCAAAAACUGUGGUGCCUAAUGAGAAAGUUGAAGAACAGAUAAACGAUUAUGCUAGAGAAGUUGAGAUGAAAAAGAAGCAGUAUGUACACUACAACAUUCUUCCAUUGUAUGCAACUGGAGCUACAACAGGAGCUAAGCCUGCAAUAAUGGAACUUCCAGAGAUCAAAGCCUCGAUUAGUGCUUUAUGUAAGGUGGAAACCCUUCCAAAUCCCAGAGCUCUACCUAAUGAGCCCGACAACAGGGAAAUAGCCAUCCAUGAUCUUCUUGAUUGGCUUUGGCUAGCUUUUGGGUUUCAAAAAGGAAAUGUUGCAAAUCAGAGGGAACACUUGAUAUUAUUGCUUGCAAAUGCUGAUUCAAGGCGUAGGGAAGAAGAAGAAUUUGAUCAGCUGGACAAUAGAACUGUCGAGGAUUUGAUGCGGAAAAUCUUAAAAAAUUAUUUCUCAUGGUGUAAUUACUUGCAUUGUAAACAGAAUAUCAACAUCCCAGAAAAUGCUGCUGACAGACAACAAUUACAGCUCCUUUAUAUUGGACUGUAUCUUCUUAUUUGGGGCGAAGCUUCAAAUAUUCGAUUUAUGCCAGAAUGUAUUUGCUACAUCUUCCACAAUAUGGCAAAAGAGCUAGAUGGAAUUCUGCGCAGCAAUGUGCAUUUAGUUAGUGGAGGUACAAUUCAACCAGCACACCAGGGUGCGGAUGCAUUUCUGCGUGAAGUUGUGACACCAAUUUACCAGGUCUUGCGCAAGGAAGCCAAGAGAAACAAAGGAGGCAAAGCAAGACACUCAAAGUGGAGAAAUUAUGAUGAUCUAAAUGAAUAUUUUUGGUCAGAUAAAUGUUUUAAGUUGGGGUGGCCAAUGGAUCGUAAAGCAGACUUUUUUGUGCAUUCUGAUGAGAUACAUCCUAGAAAUGAGAGACCUAACAAUGUCACUACUGGAAAGAGAAAGCCAAAGACAAAUUUUGUUGAAGUCCGAACAUUUUGGCAUCUGUUUAGAAGUUUUGACCGAAUGUGGAUAUUCUUUAUAUUGGCUUUCCAGGCUAUGGUAAUAGUUGCAUGGAGUGCUGGAGGAUCACUCUACGCUCUUUUUGAUGCUGACGUGUUUAGAAAUGUUAUGAGCAUUUUUAUCACCUACUCUAUACUGAAUUUCUUGCAAGCUACUCUGGAUAUCAUUCUUAGUUGUAGAGCUUGGGGAAGCUUGAAAUUUACCCAAAUUGUUCGGUAUCUCGUGAAAUUCGCAGCUGCAGCUGUAUGGGUAGUAAUCUUUCCAAUAGGCUAUUCCAGCUCUGUGCAGAAUCCGACAGGACUUGUCAGAUUCUUUAGUGAUUGGAUUAGUAAUUGGAAAAGCCAGUCCUUCUUUAAUUUUUCGGUUGCAAUUUAUAUGGUGCCCAAUAUAUUGGCUGCAAUAUUAUUCGUUCUUCCACCUUUACGGAGACAAUUGGAGCGUUCAAAUUGGCGCAUUAUUGUACUUUUUAUGUGGUGGGCUCAGCCAAAGCUGUAUGUGGGAAGGGGCAUGCAUGAGGACUUGUUCUCACUACUCAGAUAUACUCUGUUUUGGAUCCUUCUGCUGAUCAGCAAGUUAGCAUUCAGCUACUAUGUUGAGAUAUUACCUUUAAUUGGACCAACAAAGCUGAUCAUGGGGUUGAGAGUUACUACUUACACAUGGCAUGAGUUUUUUCCAAAUGUAAGGUAUAAUAUUGGUGUUAUUAUUUCCAUGUGGGCACCAAUUGUUCUGGUGUAUUUCAUGGAUGCACAGAUAUGGUAUGCUAUUUUCUCCACCAUAUUUGGUGGUAUCCAUGGAGCCUUCAGCCAUUUGGGUGAGAUACGGACUCUUGGGAUGUUGCGCUCCAGAUUUGAUGCCGUUCCAGAGGCUUUCACUGAACGUCUUGUGCCAUUGCAAAACGAGGAAGGCAAAAAGAGCUACUUGGAUGAGUCAUUAGAAAGAAGGAAUAUAGCAAAGUUUUCUCAGGUGUGGAAUUUGAUCAUCAAUUGUAUGCGUGAGGAGGACUUAAUCAGUAACCGGGAGAGGGACCUGCUUCUUGUACCAUAUUCUUCAAUUGUUAUAUCUGUUGUCCAGUGGCCACCUUUUCUUCUAGCGAGUAAAAUACCUAUAGCAUUGGACAUGGCGAAAGAUUUCAAAGGGAAGUCAGACACUGAUUUAUUUAAAAAGAUUAAAAAUGAUGAGUACAUGCACUCAGCAGUGAUUGAAUGCUAUGAAGCACUCAGAGAUAUACUGUAUGGCCUUUUGGAAGAUGAAGAGGAUAAAUUGGUCGUCAAACACAUAUGUGAUGAAUUAGUUACUAGCAUAAAGGACCAUAGAUUCUUGAAUGAAUUCAGGAUGAGUGAACUGCCUAAUCUCAGCUCUAAGUUGGAAAGACUAUUAAUUCAAUUGAAAGCUGAUCUAGACAACGUUGAGUCAUCUAGGACCCAAAUAAUCAAUGUCCUCCAGGAUAUUAUGGAGAUUAUUACAGAGGAUGUUAUGGUUAAUGGACAUAAAAUCAUGGAAAAAGCUCAUGGAGGCAAAAAGGAUAAUGAUGCAAAAGAACAAAAAUUUGGAAAAAUAAACUUCCGAUUAAUGCAAAAUAGUUCUUGGAUGGAGAAGGUUGUUAGGCUUCACUUGCUUUUGACUGUUAAGGAAUCUGCAAUUAACGUGCCCAUGAAUUUGGAAGCACGCCGCCGCAUCACCUUCUUUGCCAACUCCUUAUUGAUGAAAAUGCCAAUAGCUCCAAAGGUCCGAAAGAUGCUAUCUUUCAGUGUCUUGACUCCAUAUUACAGAGAAGAUGUUCUCUAUUCUGACGAUGAACUUAACAAAGAAAAUGAGGAUGGAAUAUCAAUUUUGUUUUACCUACAGAAGAUAUAUCCUGAUGAAUGGAGCAAUUUUCUGGAACGUCGUAAUGAUGAGAAGGAUGCUAAUGCAAAGGCAGAUUUAACUCCUCAAUGGGUAUCUUACAGAGGCCAGACACUUUCUAGAACAGUGAGAGGGAUGAUGUAUUAUAGGCAGGCACUUGAACUUCAAUGCUUCUUGGAUACGGCAAAGGACACAGCCAUUUUUGAUGGUUACAGGACUGUCAAUUCAAACCAUAAGGAGCAAACACCUUUUUCUGCCCAUUCACAAGCUGUUGCAGAUAUGAAGUUCACCUAUGUUGUAUCAUGUCAGAUCUAUGGCCAACAGAAAAAAUCCAGUGAUGCUCGUGACCGCAGCUGUUACCAGAACAUUUUGAAUCUCAUGUUACAGUAUCCAUCAUUGCGUGUUGCUUACAUAGAUGAGAGAGAGGAGUCUGUUAAUGGGAAAACUGAGAAGUUUUAUUACUCUGUCCUUCUCAAGGGAGGGGAUAAAUAUGAUGAGGAAAUUUACCGCAUCAAGCUCCCUGGUCCUCCAACAGCUAUUGGUGAAGGGAAGCCUGAAAAUCAAAAUCAUGCCAUAAUUUUCACUCGUGGAGAAGCACUUCAGACCAUAGACAUGAAUCAGGAUAACUACCUCGAGGAGGCUUUGAAAAUGAGAAAUGUCUUGGAGGAGUUUUUGAAAGAUCACCAUGGGCAACGAAAGCCCACAAUUUUGGGUCUUCGGGAGCAUAUCUUUACUGGAAGCGUUUCAUCACUUGCUUGGUUCAUGUCCAAUCAGGAGACUAGUUUUGUUACUAUUGGGCAACGAACUUUGGCAAACCCUCUUAGGGUCCGGUUCCAUUAUGGUCAUCCUGACAUAUUUGAUAGAAUCUUUCACCUGACAAGAGGUGGCAUAAGCAAAGCUUCAAAGACAAUUAACUUGAGUGAAGAUAUAUUUUCAGGAUUUAAUUCAACUCUACGUGGGGGAUAUGUAACUCACCAUGAAUAUAUCCAAGUUGGAAAGGGGCGUGAUGUGGGAAUGAAUCAAAUUUCACUUUUCGAGGCCAAGGUAGCAAAUGGAAAUGGAGAGCAAACACUGAGCCGUGAUGUUUACCGGCUAGGACGUCGUUUUGACUUCUAUAGAAUGCUGUCAUUCUACUUUACCACAGUUGGUUUCUACUUCAGUAGCAUGGUAACUGUGAUUAUUGUGUAUGUGUUCCUAUAUGGGCGUCUAUAUAUGGUAUUGAGUGGCUUGGAAAGGUCUAUUCUUUUAAAUGUCCAGCAGAGUAAAUCGCUUGAAGCGGCACUGGCUACCCCGUCUGUCUAUCAGCUGGGCUUGUUGCUUGUGCUGCCCAUGGUAAUGGAAAUUGGCCUGGAAAGAGGGUUCCGCAGGGCACUCGGUGAUUUCGUAAUCAUGCAGCUUCAACUAGCAUCUGUGUUUUUUACCUUUCAUCUUGGAACAAAAUCUCAUUAUUAUGGGAGGACAAUAUUGCAUGGAGGUGCUAAAUACAGACCUACUGGUCGAGGAUUUGUUGUGUUCCAUGCAAAAUUUGCCGAUAAUUAUAGGCUAUAUUCCCGAAGUCACUUUGUGAAGGGGUUGGAGCUGCUGUUGUUGUUGAUUGUGUAUGAAGUUUAUGGGAAGGCAUAUCGUAGUUUGAACAUAUAUUGGUUUGUCACUUAUUCCAUAUGGUUCUUGGUUGCCUCAUGGUUGUUUGCUCCUUUUAUAUUUAAUCCCUCUGGAUUUGAGUGGCAGAAGACAGUGGAUGACUGGACAGACUGGAAAAGGUGGAUGGGCAAUCGUGGUGGUAUUGGUAUACCACAAGAUAGAAGUUGGGAAUCCUGGUGGGAAUCUGAACUGGAACACUUAAAACACACAGACAUCCGGGGUCGAGUGCUUGAGAUAAUCCUGGCAUGUCGUUUCUUUAUCUACCAAUAUGGCAUUGUUUAUCACCUUAACAUAGCCCAAGAUAGCAAGAGUAUUCUGGUGUAUGGACUUUCAUGGCUGGUCAUGGCUACUGUUCUGUUGGUUCUUAAGAUGGUAUCAAUGGGGAGACGGAAAUUUGGCACCGACUUUCAGCUCAUGUUCAGAAUCCUCAAAUUGCUUCUCUUCUUUAGCUUCUUGUCUGUCAUGACCGUCUUAUUUGUAGUCUGUGGCCUCACAAUUGGAGAUUUGUUUGCUAGCAUUCUUUGCUUCAUGCCCACAGGAUGGGCGAUACUUCUUAUUGGCCAAGCUUGCAGAUCCAUGAUGAAGGGUAUAGGAUUCUGGGACUCCAUGAUGGAGCUAGCAAGAGGAUAUGAGUAUGUGAUGGGAAUCUUAAUUUUCAUGCCCAUUGUCAUUUUGUCAUGGUUCCCAUUUGUUACAGAGUUCCAGGCACGCUUGCUCUUCAACCAAGCAUUCAGUAGAGGUCUACAGAUCUCAAUGAUUCUUGCAGGUAGGAAGGAUAAGGCACCGUCAUCAUCUCCUAGUUGAGAAUUCAAAUCUUGCAUGGGACUUUGGUCUGUCAUCUUAGGGUAGUUCCUGUUUUUUGGAGGUGCAGUAUCACAGCUUAGUGUAGUUCCUUACCGCAGAACAACACAAAAUUGUUGUAGCCCCUUGAUACAUACAGCGUUUCUGUGUAUCUCUCAGCCUUCAGUGUUUUGAUAUUUUUUGAUUCACAAUAUGGCUGUAAAUGUUACUAUAGACAUGAUAGUGAACUGGUAAAUCAAUGGAUGCCAAAAUAUAAUUUUUGGAAUUUUUUUUUUA